CUCUCUCUCUCUCUCACAUGAGCUUUCUUUCUCUCUCCACCUUCUUUGCUUCACCGUAGCAGAGAAGAGAAGAGGAGAGAGAGAGAGAGAGAAGCAAGUCCCAUCUAAUCCAUUCGAGCACCAUUCAUGAGUGUUAGGAAUUCCUGAAAGUCUCUUUCGCUUUGUUGCUAUAGAUUUUUGCUGUUGUUGGUGGUGUUGAAGAUGAUGGUUGCAAACAGCUUUGAUCUAUGGCAAAAGGACUCCUUCUUUUCUGCGGCCGAGGAGGUUCAAGAAUCUGCCGAUGCAAUGGAAUCAGCAUACAGGACAUGGGUAAGAGAGAGGAGACAAACUCUAUCACCAGAGGAUUUGGAUGAACUCUGUAGGGAGUUGCAAACUGCUUUAGGUACUGCCAAAUGGCAGUUGGAGGAGUUUGUGAGGGCUGUCAGGUUGAGCUAUGGACAUCGUGGCAAUGACAAUACAACAGCUAGGCAUAGACAAUUCAUUGAUGCCAUUGAAAACCAAAUAUUGCAUGUCGAAACAGCGUUAAGGGAAUCUUUUAAUGAGGAAGGAAAGCAACCCCUUCAAUGGGUAAACCUGGAUGAAGAUGAACGUGAUGAGUUGGCCACAUUUCUCUCUGGCAGCUCCCAGAGCUCACAAAGUGCAAAAGAUGAAUGUUUAGAGCUCAGACCUUCCAUGAAAAGCUCUCUUUUGGAGAAUCAUGCUCAGAGAAAAGAUGCAGACCUCAAGUACAGUCCUGUCUAUGACACAGAUUUUUCUGAUGAAAUGGAAGGUUUUAAAGAUGUUAGUUGUGUCAAGAAGGAUGGAAAUCAUGUCAUAAAUAUAAAAUCAAAUGAAAUUCAUGGAGGGAUGGAUGAUAUAAUUUGUCAACCAGAUAAAAUGACUAAUAAUACAAGAAGAACGUGGAGUUCUCCAAAUUUUAGUGAAUUGAAGAUCAUAAUUCCUGAUGAAGAUGGACAUAUAAACAAACUAAUGCUGAGCGUUGAGGACACACCUAAAGAAAAAGGAUUGAAACCUGUCUUCCGGAAGCAAAGGCGCGGGGAGUUUCUUCAGGUCCAGGGAGCGGUUAGUUUGUUCAAUCAGCUCUUUGGUCGGGUGGGUGGCUUCCAGAGACAAUUGCAAAGUCCACUACACUUGCCGUUCCGUUGUUCUGUUCAAGUUACACUCGCUUUGAUGCUAACUAUUUUUUUGAUUGUACCUUUUGUAUUUUAUUCAGCUUGAUAAAGUGGUAGGUGUAUGGCACGUGAUCAAGAUGAGAGGAAUUGGAGCCCACCUUUCUAAAGCAAGGAAAAAGGAAAGUUUGAAAAAGGGAUACCUGUGACUCCAAAGUCGACAUCUUCCCAACAUGUAUGAAGUAGGCUAAACCACCUCUUUUAAAGUAGCAGAAGUAAAACGGGCAACAGGAAUAGGGGUAUCCUUUUAGAGUUCUGGAUGCCACAAAAUGUAAAUACAUUCAUGUUGCCAUCGAGUAAACAAUACCAUUUGAAUUCUGCUCAAAAAGCUAUUCAUGCUUGCUUGUUAAGGCCCCAAAUCCAUGGCUUUAAAUUGUCUAACUUCGUGCCUUUGCUUAUGGUACUUUCAUAGUAGGGCUCAUCUUUAUAUCUAGUUGCAGUAAAUGUUUUCCAGUC